AUGAACACAAAAACUUUCUUCACUGCCCUACUCGGCUUGGCAUCUACUGCCUCUGCCUUCGAAUUCACGGGUCCCAAAGCAGAAGAGCUCGACUUGUCCAAAAACAUCACCAUCACCUGGAAAACAGGCAACGCAUCAGAGCUGAAGCGUUGGCCCGAGUUCGAUCUUGAGUGGUAUACAAGACCCGAUGAUCUCCAUAGCUUCAGCUGGGACAUCAAACAGAGAGUCAAUGUAUCUGAUGGCGAAUACAUAUUUUCGCCUAGCGACAAUACCCGCUACACUCUCAACCAAUUUGCCGACGCUCUCGCCUCCAAUAAGAGCUUUUCAUUCGUAGCUGUCUUCACAGACGGUGAUAGAAAGGACCCUGAAACAGCGAAUUAUACGAAUAUUGGUAGCCAGAAGUACAAGGUUACUGGGCUCGACAAGACAAGUGCUGGAGCUGCGGUGGCACCUAUGUGGGGAGCUUUCAUCGGUGGACUUGUGGCAGCUGGAUUUAUGACUCUGUAA